CUACCUUUCACAGAGGCCAACUUUUCAAACCCAGAGAAAUUGGCAUAAGCAUACUUAUUAUCAGUAUAGAAACAUGUCUUUUACUUAUAGUUUUUAGCUCUUCCAUCUUCUCUGCCUAAUUUAUGUGCUAAUUUUUUUGGGUAUAAAAAUAUUUAGUCUCAGAGUAUCAAAUGCAAGCCAUGAAAAGCCUUUUGGUCUGCUCCUUCUUGUUCUCUUUCCUAAGUAUCUCAACUACAACCACACCAGACACAAUCACUCCAAGUCGAUCUAUGAGAGACGGUGAAACUCUAGUUUCAGCAGGUGGAAGCUUUCAACUGGGAUUCUUUAGCCCUGGUACAUCAAAAGGUCGAUACUUAGGAAUAUGGUACUCUGUUCAUACUGAGACAGUUGUAUGGGUAGCUAACAGAGAAAGACCACUUGGCGAUUCUUCAGGAGUUUUGAAGGUCACUGAGCAAGGAGUUCUAGUCCUUCUCAAUAGCACAAACAGGAUUGUAUGGUCAUCAAAUUCAUCAACAACUGCAGGGAAUCCAGUAUCACAACUCAUGGAUUCAGGAAAUCUUGUUUUGAAAGAUGGAAAUGAAACUAACCCUGAUAAAUUCUUGUGGCAGAGUUUUGAUUAUCCUUGUGACACAUUCCUACCAGAAAUGAAGCUUGGUUGGGACUUGGUUACUGGUUUAGAUAGGUACGUCUCAUCUUGGAGGAGCACAGAAGAUCCUUCUUCAGGACAGUUUUCAUUACGGAUGGAUCGUCGUGGUUUCCCACAAAUUUUUGUUAUGAAAGGAGCGAAGAUAAUGUCUAGAGCAGGGUCAUGGAACGGCCUUCAUUUUACAGCAUAUCCAUAUUCUCAACAAACACAAGCAAGCCCAACAUCGGAGUAUGAAUUUGUGUUGAACAAGGAUGAGGUCUAUUAUGAGUACAGGCUUCUAAACACGUCCACGUUCUCGAGAUAUAUGUUGAAUCCAUCAGGCACUGCAGCGCGAUUCACAUGGGUGUACCGAACACAUAGUUGGGAACAGUCCUCUACAUUCCAGGCAGAUCAGUGUCAGAAUUAUGCCUUGUGUGGUGCAUAUACUAGUUGCAGGGUCAAUGUCUCUCCCAUAUGUGCAUGCUUGAAGGGAUUUGUACCAAAAUCUCCAAAAGAUUGGAAUUCAGGAUAUUGGUCUGAUGGGUGUGUUAGAAAGAUUCCAUUGGCUUGCAGCUCUGGAGAUGGCUUCCUAAAUUACACUGGGGUUAAAUUGCCAGACACAUCUUCCUCAUGGUAUGACAAAAGCAUGAGUCUCAAGGAAAGCAUGAGUCCCAAGUGGCUGGUUUAAGCUUCUGAGUAGAAGUUCUGCAGUUGCUUCUUCUUCUUCCCUUUUUCUUUUUGAGUCAUUUGUUGAUCUUUCUCUAAGGUCUGACCCGUGAGUCCUUUUUCAGAGAAAUUGCUUAGAGACAUUGUUCUUCAUUAACUAUCUCAGGGAGUCGGCUUAUAUUGGUUUUAGAACUGCUUGAACUACAGGAAUUUGUUCUAAAUAAACGACUCAUGACUACUCAAGUGUUUGGGAUUGGCUGACUAAAGAAGAAGAUAAACAGGGGCUUCCUAAACUGACCAUUUUCUCUACAAGAAACUUAUUAACCUCUCUCAAUUUUCUGUCUCCUGCCCACCGCUCAGG